AUGUUCAUCCCUAUGAUGUACAACUGCUGGGUGCAUCUUGGUCUUGAGCUGCUCACCGUCGUGUUUUGGAUGAUCACUAUGGCUCUACUGGCCAGCCACGCCGACGACCUCGACUCUCUCGAUGCCUUCAUUGUCACUUUCGGCCCCAAGUAUGAAGUGUACUACAAGAUGAAUGUUGAACCUUUCGCCGAAGGCUUCGUAGCCGCCACAUAUGCCGGGACUGCCCUAUCGACCGUCAACUUUGUUCUUUUCAUCCUCACCAUCGCAAUCUUUGGUGAGUUCAUGCCCCACGCUCAUUCAAAGACCUGUCGCGAGAUUCGGUCUCAUUCCCUUGGCAUUGAGAACACCCAACUGACCUCUCCAGGCCGCGCCCUCCACGCUUACCGCAAAGCCAACCUCGAAAAGGCCCCCAGCACAACCGACUCUCAGAAGACGAUCCAAGCCGAGGGUGACAAGAUGGUCGCCUCACCACAAAUGACAUCCGCAAUCCCCGCAUACAUCCACUGGCAACACAACAACAACCAGUACCACCCGCAACACCAGCAGACAUACGCCUACUACGCCCAGCCAUACGCGCAAUCGCCGCACUCGCAAACGAACCCCUCGCCGCCGAAUUCCGUCCCGCCGCACGGGUUCCAGCCGGCGUACUUCCCCAACCCGCAAUGGCUGCCCCAGCCACCACCACCUCAACACCAACCACAACCGCAACCGCAGCAACCGCCCCCCGAAGGCGGCGUCUGGCCACAGCAGAACUACACCAUGUACCAGCAACAAGUGCCCAUCGCCCCCCAGCACACGGGCCAGACGGGCACCGACCUCGGCACGCCGCAGUUCCCGAUGGUGAGCCCCGUGGCCGCCACCAAGUCCGACUACCAAGGCGUCUACCCGACGCCGCCGCCGGGAAGCACGACGACGUCCGGAGGGGUACAGCACGGCUACAUGGCGCCUCCGCAGCCGCCGCCGCCGCCGCCGCCACCACCGGCGCUGAUACCCGGGUCGGCGCAGUCGCCGGUCGAGUUGAACGACGGGUUGGGCGAGCCGGGUAUGCCUGCGGAGCUGCCGAACGAUCCGCCCAGGUCACCGAGAUGA